AUGGAGAAGUCUAGAAUAAAAUCAAUACUUCCUAAACCAUCCGCAGGGGUUGCUGGAGGAUCGCCUGUGAGUUCUACAAAUAGUGGAGGAAACAAAAGAAGAUCGCUUCCCUCUAACAAUGCUACUGUGGUUAAGAAGCAGAAAUCGCUGAGUUUGAGUGAAGCUUCUAUAUCGGGACAAUCAGGAGACAAAGGGUCGAAGCAAACAGGACAUAGGCCAGUUACAUCUUGUACAUUCUGCCGCCAGCACAAGAUUAAGUGUAAUGCAUCUGAAAACUACCCAAAUCCAUGUCACCGAUGCGAUAAAAUGGGAUUGAAGUGUGAGAUAGAUCCACAAUUCAGGCCCAAGAAAGGCUCACAGAUUCAGUCAUUGAAGAGUGAUGUUGAUGAAUUAAAAGCAAAAAUUGAAAUGUUAACCAAGAACGAGUCCCUUUUAACUCAAGCAUUGAACCAACAUAACAUGAAUUUCACACAACAGCAGCUGCAACCAGUCUUUGGUAGCAUAACCCAAAAUCAAAUGUAUAAUACAACCCCAAUUCAAAGAUCCGUUGGAACCGUUUCGGAUUUCUCAAGUGGAAACACCCCAUCACAAUUCCAAUCUGAUAAUUCACCUUCAUUUGCUUCAAGUUUUCCUCAUGUAAAUACCAGUGCUAACUUGUCACCAUCCAAUCAUUUACAAGGCAAUCAAAUUCUCAAUGAUGCAAUUCCUACUUCAGCCUCCUUGGGACAUAUUUUACACGAAGCAUCAACUGAUAAUUCACCCACUGUUGAAAAGAAGUAUGAGAAUUCAGGAAAAUUAGUAAAGGAUGAUGAAGAAUUUGAAACUGUUCAUGAGUUCGUUCUAGGAGAUGUUUCUGUCCCUUUGAAUAAAGCAAAUGAACUUCAUGAUAGAUUCAUUACUAAACAUUUGCCAUUUUUACCUAUCAUUACUUCGAAUUCAGCCACAGAAUUAUAUCAUAAGUCAAAGCUUUUAUUCUGGUCCGUUAUUUUAACAGCAGCUUUGUCCGAGCCAGAACCAACGUUAUACAUGUCAUUAGCGUCAUUAAUCAAACACUUAGCAAUUGAAACUUGCUGGACACAUACACCUAGAUCAACGCAUGUUAUACAGGCACUUGUUAUACUUUCCAUAUGGCCCUUACCAAAUGAAAAAGUUUUGGAUGAUUGCUCUUAUAGAUUUAUUGGGUUGGCUAAGAAUUUAUCACUACAAUUAGGUUUACAUAGAGGUGGUGAAUUCAUUCAAGAAUUCAGCAGAACGCAAGCCAGUUUGGGCCCUGAUGCUGAACUUUGGAGAACGAGAACCUGGUUAGCUGUAUUUUUCUGUGAACAAUUCUGGUCUUCUGUAUUGGGAUUACCACCGCUGAUCAACACGACUGAUUAUUUAUUGGAGAACGCAAGAGUUGAUCAAAGUUUACCUACAAAUUUCCGUUGUCUAAUUUCAUUAUCUAUUUUCCAAUGCAAGUUGGUCAAUGUUAUGGGAAUUUCAGUUACACGGCCAGAUGGUCUUUUGGAACCUCUGAAUCGUGCAGGUUCUUUAAACACAUUGGAUAGAGAAUUGGAGAGAUUAAAAUUCAAAUUACCAAUUGAAAAUGGUUCAUCUAUUGAAAUAUACUAUUUAUAUAUUAAGUUAAUGAUCUGCUGUUUUGCAUUUUUACCAGGUACCCCAAUUGAGGAUCAAGUUAAGUAUGUUAGUGCAGCAUAUCAUUCAGCAACGAGAAUUAUUACCCUUACAUCACAAAUGAUUAGUAGUAAUACUAUAUUACUAAUUGAAUUUCCUAUUUAUGUCAGACAGGCCAUAACGUAUUCUGUUCUAAUGUUGUUUAAAUUACAUUUAUCUCGUUAUUUGAUCGAUAAAUAUGUGGAUAGUUCCAGACAGCUGAUUGUUACGGUGCAUAGAUUAUUCAGAAACACGUUAUCUUCGUGGAAAGAAUUACAAAACGAUAUUUCUAGAACUGCAAAAGUGCUAGAAAAUUUGAAUAUUGUUUUAUAUACUUAUCCUGAAAUUUUCUUAUCCGAGAAUAAUGAAAUUGGUGGGAGUAUAAUUACUAGAAUGAGAUCACAUUUAACUGCUUCAUUGUUUUAUGAUUUAGUGUGGUGUAUACAUGAAGCAAGAAGAAGAACUGUCGCCGAUAAAUCAAACCCACCCCAAGAUAAGAAGAUUAAGCAAGAAUCUAAUGAAGAUACGGUGUUUUCAAACCAAAGAAAGCCUAUUCCUUUGCCAUUCUAUAAUCAAAUUACCAAGGACGACUUCAAAACAAUUACAACCACCACCCCUAAUGGUACAACAGUGACUACCUUGGUGCCAACUGACCACGCAUUGACUCAAGCUAAGCUGAAUGCUAAUGCAAAUGGCUUGGAUAAACCAUUGGAAAUCAACGGUAUCCCAUUAGCUAUGCUUGAAGCAACUGGCAGUAUGAGAGAUGUCGGUUCAAGAAAUGCAAACCAAGAAAACGCAGCAAACUCGUUAUCAACUCCAUUUUCAAAUGACUCAAUAAAUAAGUCAAAUCCUCUUUCAACCGCUUCCAGAAAUCAAUACCAUCCACAAAUAGAGCAAAUGGCUCGGGGCCAGCCCAUGCUUUUUUCUCCUGGUGAUCCUUUAGGUGAGGUCCAUUCUAUGGGCACUCCAAAUCAAUCAAACUUCCAAUACGUCAGUGGAACUCAACCAGGAUUUAAUGGUGUUGCUGACCAAAUGGACGACUUUUUCCAAAAACAAUCUGAUGGCUGGAUAAAUAAUGAUAAUUAUCAGGACGAUGAUUUCUUAGGUUGGUUCGAUGCAAACAUGAUCCCUGAAAACUAA